AGCCCCCGCUGAGGCCGCCGCCGUCGGGCCUCCCUUCCCCCCCGGGCUGGCGCCAUGCGGGGGGGCCCGGGCGACGCGGAGCGACGGCAGCGCUGGGGUCGCCUGUUCGAGGAGCUGGACAGUAACAAGGAUGGCCGCGUGGACGUGCACGAGCUGCGCCGGGGGCUGGCCCGGCUGGGAGGGGGCGACCCGGACCGCAGCACCCAACAGGGUGUCUCCCUGGAGGAUGGUGGUGCACUGGAGGACGGGCUGGACCUGGAGGAGUUUUCUCAGUACCUGCAGGAGCGGGAACAGCGCUUGCUCCUCAUGUUCCAUCACCUAGACCGGAAUCAGGACGGUCACAUCGACGUCUCUGAGAUCCAGCAGAGUUUCCGGGCCCUGGGCAUCUCCAUCACCAUGGAGCAGGCAGAGAAGAUUCUGCACAGCAUGGACCGCGAUGGCACAAUGACCAUUGAUUGGCAGGAAUGGCGUGACCACUUCUUGCUGCACUCGCUGGAGAAUGUGGAGGAUGUGGUUUACUUCUGGAAGCAUUCCACGGUCCUAGACAUCGGCGAGUGCCUGACGGUCCCCGAUGAGUUCUCAGAGCAGGAGAAGCAGACGGGCAUGUGGUGGAAGCAGCUGGUGGCAGGCGCGGUGGCAGGUGCUGUGUCUCGGACGGGCACAGCCCCCCUGGACCGCCUCAAGGUCUUCAUGCAGGUCCAUGCCUCCAAGACCAACCGCCUGGACGUGCUAGGGGGGCUGCGGAAUAUGGUGCGUGAGGGGGGCGUGCUGUCCCUGUGGCGGGGCAACGGCAUCAAUGUCCUCAAGAUCGCGCCGGAGUCAGCCAUCAAGUUCAUGGCCUAUGAGCAGAUCAAGCGGGCGAUCCGGGGGCAGCAGGAGACACUGCAUGUGCAGGAGCGCUUCGUGGCCGGCUCGCUGGCCGGAGCCACGGCCCAGACCAUCAUCUAUCCCAUGGAGGUGCUGAAGACACGGCUGACCCUGCGCCGGACCGGGCAGUACAAGGGGCUGCGGGACUGUGCCCGGCAGAUCCUGGAGCAGGAGGGACCCCGUGCCUUUUACCGCGGCUACCUGCCCAACGUGCUGGGCAUCAUCCCCUACGCGGGCAUCGACCUGGCCGUCUAUGAGACCCUGAAGAAUCGAUGGCUGCAGCAGUACAGCCACGACUCAGCCGACCCGGGCAUCCUUGUGCUCCUGGCCUGUGGGACCAUCUCCAGCACCUGCGGCCAGAUAGCCAGCUACCCGCUGGCCCUGAUCCGGACCCGGAUGCAGGCCCAAGCCACCAUAGAGGGUGCCACCCAGUUCUCCAUGCUGGGUCUGCUCCGUCACAUCCUGUCCCAGGAGGGCGUGCGGGGUCUCUACCGAGGUAUCGCCCCCAACUUCAUGAAGGUGAUCCCGGCGGUGAGCAUCUCCUAUGUGGUCUAUGAGAACAUGAAGCAGGCCCUGGGGGUCACGUCCAGGUGAGGGGCCCGGAGCCGGCCACCCAAGACUCCUCAUUAUGACACCCCCACAGCUCACUCACUAGAGACUUCUAGCUCAAACACUGGAUCCC